AUGCAUUUCCAGAAACAUGUGGCCCGUAUCCUGAUCUUCUCGUACUUCUUUAUGGUUGCAAACGUCUUCAGCCAAUCCAUUUGCACCAGUAAGGAGAUUUUCGACAACAAUGUUGGAAACUAUGCACGGUCAGUGGAAGUUGCGGAUCGGAACCAGCAGGCUUCUCCCUCGCAAAUUGCAAUGGCGAUUGCACAUACACCUCGAACAGUGACUGCGAUACCUGCGGAGUGUGGCUACACUCUCUGUGCCAGUGCUUACAGAAUCCGAGUCACUGUACUGAAACCAAUUCGAAACCUGCUGGACCUACAAAUGAGUCCGAGUCUUGCCUCCCUUGCUUGGGACUUCGGUCAGUCCGUCGCAGACCUGAGUACUACCGGCCUGGCAAUCAAUCCGGCUCGCACGGUGACUCAGGAUCAAGUUCAUAUGCAUAUCUGUCCAGUCAACCCAAAUAUGCAAAGUGCCUUGGCAAAAUUAUCGUACCAGUCGUAUUUUUCCCUCAAUCCCGUUCAACUGAACGGCCCCUUCAGUAUCUUUGCCAAUGGUGCUCCGAAUAAGAUGUGGUGUCAGGUGGCGCCAAGCAAGACAUCAGCUAUCACCGGGAAUGAGGUUGAAAAGGCCAUUGAUUCUGUUCUUAAUAUGCCGGGUGUAUGUAGCUAUCAGGUGGCGGCUGCAAUGCUCAAGGAUACCAACGGGUACACGUGGGCGUGCGUGACUGCUGAUCGAGGUGAUGCAGAACACAGAUUCCUGCAAAAUUGUUGA